AAGGGAAGCUUGCUCGCUUUUCUCCCAGACCGCUUCCUCCCCCCCUCCCCCACCACGCGAGGCUGCGGCGCACGGCACUUUAAGAUUCUUUUGGGGGCCGAGUCGAGGGUCGUACCGGUCCAAAGCGUCCCCACUUGAAGCGAAACCCAACCCCCCGGGUCCAUCCCAGAGGAGCGUGAGCGGGAAAUGCCUCAGCCAACCCGGGCGUCCGGAUUCCGCGCCGGCGCAGCCCCCGUCCUGUCUGGAAAGAUAUCUCCCUGUUGGUCUGUUCUGAGGGAAAGGCACCCGUGGCCUGGGACACGGGUGAGGGCAGAAUAACCAGUGGGAAGGCUGCAUUUUCGCGAAGGAGUCGGGCGAAGCUGCAGAGCUGCCUUUGAGCCCUGACUCCUUGUCUUCCUGGGUCGGAGGAGAUCUUGUAAUGGAGUGGCUCUUCGUCUCACACUAACAAGAUGCCUGAUUUCCUCAGGAUUGAGGGAUUGAAGAAUGUCCCGGGUUCCUUUGGGGAAAGUCCUCCUGAGGAAUGUCAUCCGGCACACAGAUGCUCACAAUAAGAUUCAAGAGGAAUCAGAUAUGUGGAAAAUAAGAGAACUGGAGAAACAGAUGGAAGAUGCUUACCGGGGGACCAAAAGGAAAAUGUUACCCAGCAGUUCAAGCCGGAUGCGUAGUGAUGGUUUUGAUGAAGAAAGUCAGAGAGACUACUGGAGGCCAAAGAAUGAAAUUUCUGGAGCACUAGAAGAUGAUUUUCUUAAGGCUAAAUCCUGGAACAAGAAGUUAUAUGAUUAUGAAGCUAACAUGCCAGACAGAUGGGGUCACAGUGGUUAUAAAGAGUUAUACCCUGAAGAAUUUGAAACAGACAGUGAUCAGCAGGAGAUUGCUAAUGGAAAAAAAACAUCUCCCCAGGUAAAAUCAUCUACUCACGAAUCUCACAAACACAAGAAGUCAAAGAAAUCCCACAAAAAAAAGCAGAAAAAAAAGUCUCACAAAAAGCAGAAGAAAAGCAAAAGGGAAGCCACAGAUGUAACAGCAUAUUCCUCAAGUGAAUUCUCAGAAGAAACUGGGGCUUCUAGUACCAGGAAACAACCACAUAAGCACAAAAAAAAAUCCAGGAAAAAGUCUCUCAAAAAAUCUACUUUAAUCUUAGAUGCAGAAAGUGACACUUCUCAAUCAGAUGAUUCUGCAUCCAGCAGUUCUGAGGAAAGUGAGGAAAGAGACACUAAAAAAACGAAAAGGAAAAAGAAAGAUAAAAAAGCCUAUAUCCCUGUACUUCACAAUGAAAUACAGGAGAGGACAAACAAACGCACAAAUUGGAAAGUGGCUACAGAUGAAAGGUCUGCUGAGAGUUCAGAGGACGACUGAAUGAGAAACAUUCUUCACUUUCCCAUGUGACUCUGGAUAUUUACAGCUCUUGCACCUUGGAGCUUUGCAAGUGACUUGCUCAGCACAGCAGAACUGAGAUCAGAGCUGUCCUGUGCCAUCUACAUAUGUUCUGACAGACUUCUACUUUGGCCUGUUAAACUUGAUCCUCUUCUUAAUAGGGAAUCUGGUAUUUUGUUAUGAAGGUUUCUUGAAGAUAUUUUUUGCAAUUAAUUACAUUUAACAAUAGAGUACAUAUACAGCAAAUUAAAGGACCCAGAAAGUUGAAUCCAGUAAUGACCUGGGUACACCGAUUGGAAUUCUGAAUUUGAGGAAUGCAAGGGCUGAGAUCAAGAGGUGGAUUAGAAUCAGUGCUGUGUAGAAUGGUAUAAGGGAACAUUGUGUUAUACACUUGUUGGUUUAUAUAGCAGGUGCCACUUGACUUUUGUCUUCAGCCUUGGUGCUUUGAUCUUUCUAAAUUUUGGCCUCACCAGUGUGGUCCAGUUUAUUUAAUGAGGAAAUGAGCAUAAGAACAUUUUUCCUUCAUAGCAUCCAUAGACAGCUGUUAUUAGAAGAGACUAGGGUUUUCUGUCAAAUUUCUCUGCUGGACAGGGACUAUGGCUGUAUUUAGUAUACCACUAAAAUAUCAUAAUUGGAUUGUAAAUGGUUUUCUAGUUCCAUUGCUGUAUAUUGCCUAAAUGGACUUGUGUUCAUAAUUAUUCAGUUGUUUUAGGUAAGUCCUCAACCAAAUGGGGAAGAAUUAGGAAUUAGUCGUGCUGCCUAAUAGUUCUCUGAACAGGAUUCAUGGCAGCACCUGCCAUUUAAAUGUUAUCUUCCUUUUCAUUUCUAAAUUUAUUAAUGAACUUUAGAGUUUCCCUGACACUAGGUUGAAUCAGUUCCAAAGUGAAACAGGCUUCUCAGGGACAUACCCAUUUCUUCUCAGUCUGCCUUUGGAUUAAACCACCAACCAGAGACUAUAUUAUUUUCCUUUGCUGUAUACUGUAAUCUUUACUAUGUUAAUUCUUAAGAAACCAAAAUAAUACUGAAAGAAAGCUGGCAGAACCCAAGUUAAUUUUUUCAUUAUGGCAGAUCGUGAUAUAUCAGUUUCCUGGUUGUCACUUCAUGGGCUGAGCUGAGUAAACUUGAAAACUCAGACUCUUGGUCUUGGUUCUGCCACUAAUUGGUUAUGAGGUCCAGAGCAGGUAAGUUAGCCUCCCUGGCCUUACUUUUAACCCCAUGUGUGAUACAGAUACUUCAUGGUAACAUGGCAAUGUAAGACACCAGCAAUAGAAUAUAACUAUGACAACAUUCCAUGAGGUGGUAACAUUGUUUUUCUAACUACUGAAUUUGUUCGCUUUACAGAACAGAUUUCUAGUAAAAUGCUUAGUUAUAAAAUAUAUGGUUGGCCAGAGGUUCCCUAUCCCGAUUAUAAGCAGGUGCUACCUUUUGGGAUAUUUAUUUUAAAUAUUAGUAGUUUGAUACUCAAUUGUCAAUGUUCCAUGGUAAAUAUUUUUACCUUUGGGAUUAGUAAGGGUGCAAGGGGGGAAGAACAGUCUCUAAUUACUACCUCUUAACCUAAAGCAAUUGUUUUGUUCUCAGAGCAAGUGAAGUCUGUUGGAAGGUGUUCUUGUUUUAUCUUUUUAGCAUUGUUUCUGUGCUAUAAAAGUACUGAUUCUAAGCACAGACUCAGGAAGAUGGGCCAGUGGAACAAGGCAAACCUAGGAAGUUGAUUCUGUUUGGAUCUUGACCUUUCCUCCCUCCCAUAUUAGCAGGCCUAUCUCCUCAUGAAUACACAUCUUGCCUGUUUUGUUUUGUUUUUUUGCCAUGUUUACCUUUUCUUGGUCAUGUAUAAGCAAUAAAGCUGUUUUCUGUUCUUCA